AUGAAGGUGAUAGUGAAGAAUCUGCCAGAUCUGGCGGAAUCCGACGAGAACGUGGGGGAUCUGAUGAGGGUAACAUUGCGAAGAACACCAGCCGAACCUGCAGGACCAGGUGCACCAUCUAAUCCCGGGGUGCCAGGCCUUCCAGGGAUUCCUGGUGGCCCCACUGGACCAACUGAAGGGGGAGCUGAAAAAGGUGCAUCAAGGCCAGGAAGACCAAGACUCCCUGGCGGCCCUGGUGCUCCUGGUGGUCCAGCAGGAUUCAUUUUCCUUUCUGCACUAUUUCCAGGCAUACCAUCUAGACCAGGAGCUCCAGGACGACCAGGUAUGCCUGCUGGUCCAGGAAGUCCUGCAGGACCAGGAGCUGCCGCAGCUGCACUACUACCUGGGAGGCCGGGCGAUCCAGGACUUCCAGAUGGACCAGGUGGUCCAGUCUCUCCAGGGUGUCCUGGUGGUCCAGCAGGGCAUUUAAUGCAGCCGUUAACACCCCCUGAGAGAAGAUUGCUUCCUCUGUUUCCAGGUGUUCCGUCGUCACCUGGAAGACCCGGUUCACCGGGAAUACCAUCAGGUCCUGGUUGUCCAGGGGGUCCAGGUGGGCAAUGGGAUGUAGAGCUGAUUCCUGGCCCUCCUGGACCACAGGAAGAACCAGGAGCGAGUGGUCGUCCUGGAUCUCCUGGACCUGGUGGAGAACCGGGUGCUCCUGGCCAGAGAAUAGUCAAUACGCCUGGGCCACAAGACUCGCGGCACUCUGGAGAGCCUGGGAUACGGUUGUGCUGGCUGCAGAACACUUACGAGAGCCUCCAAACGGCAGACCUCCUGGUCCCAGGGCCGCAGAAAUGA